AUGGACAGGAAACAUGGAAAAUACGUAGUAAAUGUUGAACAGUCUGAAAAUCAACCGUCAAUUAUGUGUCCAAAUGACCAAGAGGUUUAUAGCUCUGCAUGCUGGCGUCCACAUUCAAGUGACAUAACCUGUGAUAUCUCUCCCAACUCAACUGGUGUCUGUGUGGGCCCAGGAGUCGUUGGACAUUCAGGAUACCAACACACAGAAUCAGCCCAAACUCAGGUGAAAGAAAAUUGCUGCUGUAAUUGGACUCUGUGGAACAUAUUUUUGGCUUGUUUCUUAGCCUGUGUGAUAACAACAGCAAUUGGAGUACUCAUAAUCUGCCUGGUGAAUAACAGAGGAAAUGACAACUCUUCCAUUAUUAUCAAGCUGUCCCCAGACAAUGGAGAGCCUGUAACUACUAUUCAUGGAAAAACCUCUGCUGGUCCUCAACCUAUAGUGACCACCAUGUCAACUGAAUCUACAACUGUAGCCACUUCAACAGACUCUACAACCAUUUCAACAUCUACUGAAUCUACAGCCACAAUAGCCACAACCCCCACUUCAACUGCACCCACAACCUCCACACAUUUAA